GAUUUUACAUAUCCACUCAGGCGCCAUGUUCUUUUGUGACAUCACAGGCAGUUCACAACCAAUGGCAGCAGCUGAGGAGGCAUCAUCAUAACCUCCUCUGUCCUCACAAUGGUGGGUACAUCUCAGCUGUUGGUCUGUUUGCUUGGUUAUUAUUUAAAAGAUGUAUAGCCCAUCCUUUAUCUGUGCUAAUAACAGAGAAUGGAACACCAUGGGCCCAGGGGUGGAGGACCGUCUCUCAGCCUGAUGGCUGCAUUCCCCUAUGGCUAGUGGCAAAAACGGUAGUGAAAUGACAAAUUUGAUCAUUAUUGUUGUAAAGGAGGAAAGCAUCACCCCCCUCUCCAUUUAGUUAAGCGAGGGGCAUAGUCAAAAUUCAAGGAAUCAUCCCAACCAGGCAAAAGCACUCCAGAAGGUUGUGAAGUCCUGAGGGCCAGGCUGCCUUUGAUGUACUGGCUAGAAACUCCCCACCUGCGUAAUAAAAUAUAUAUUUAAAAUAAGGCUAUUUCCAACAGUAGUUGUACUCAGAGCAGACCCAUGGAAUCGAUAUAGACAGGCCCACAUCCUGGACGGGUGGUAUGACAGCCGGCAGCUGGGGCAAUGCUUCAUGUGCCCUCAUGCUUGGUCUCAAUAGGCAGUGAGUUCCACAGGCGCUGCCACGCGAAACGAUCUUGCAAGGGCCUGUCCUGCACAGAGCCGUUUGCGCUUGCGCAGAAGGAAUCAACGUUCUUCCCCCCCCCCCACUCAUUUGAAUGAAUCAUUCAAAAGAGGGCGACUUCCGGUUUGGCGCGCUGCGAAACGUAGCUCCGCGUGCGCAGUACAGUAUAUGGGCAGAGCGUCCUGCCGGGACUACGUUUCCCAGAAAGCUUUGCGGCCACUCAGCUGGCAAGAACCUCCCUUGCUUGGAGAGCACCUGGUCACCGCAGGUGAGAGUAGCUGUGCUGUUCCAGUUUCCAAAGGAAGAAGCUGGAGGCUGCAGGGGUUCGUAGGCGCCGGAGGCUUCAGGCGGCUCCCAGCCCAAGGAAAGGGGGCAUUUUGCGGGGCGAUUUAUUCCCGCUGCCGGUGUAAGGGUAGUAUUUGCCGCGGGCGCCGUCUGCCAUGGUAACUCGGUUAUGCUUCCAUGGACAACGGUGCAGGCACGCCUUCACCGGCACCGGGAAGCGUGUAUAAAACGUAACGUUAAAAUGCCACAUGUGUGACGCGUGCAUGUCCACACGUGCAAGUGUUGCCAGCAUAAAUUUGAUAUUGGUAAGCGAACCUAGCUCGACAGGGCUGGAUUGUAUCCCCUUCUGCUUUAUGCUUGAUGAUUGCUAGCAAUGGGCUACAGAGAGAUACCCAGUUUGAAGUGGAAACUCCGGAUUCCUUCUGUGGCCCUAUUGUGUUAUAGGCUUAGUUAUAACUUCUUUUCCUUUAUCAUUAACUCCACAGGUUUUUUAAAAAGAGCAUGGCAAAAAGAAAAAGGUACCAUUUAAUAUUGCAAUCAUGGGUGUAGGCAAGGGGGGUAGCUGUGCACUCCCAAAACAAGCAAAUAAAUAAAAAUGCUUAACUAACUGACCAAUUGCGUCACAGAUAAUUCAGUUCUGCCCCCCCCCCCCAAUCCUGGCUACGCCCAUGGUUGCAAUCCCAUGCUGUUGGAGAGUGCCUUUGCCCAUUUGUUUCAAUGAGCAAAUGUGUGUCCCAACUGCAUAAGAUCAGGCUGUAAUAAAUUGCAAAAGCAUUAGGGUGCUUGUUUUAUGAAGGCCAUAGUCAUUCCAGUGAGGUAGUGUGCUGUGAUGGCUAAAGUACUGGAGCUGGAUAUGGGACACCCAAAUUUAGAUUCUUGCUAGCUGUGAAGCAGGUGUUGUUGGGCAAGUUGCAAUAGCUCAAUCUUCUUCAUAAUGUUGUUGUGAGACUAGAAACAUAGCUGCUCUGGAAGCUGUUAUUUUGGCAAGCUGAAAUUGCAUUAAAUAAAUAAAAUUCUCUGAGCUCUUUGCCACCGUAUAACAAUCAAUAAAAUGUAUCCCUUACUUGCAUUGGUCUCUACAGCCACAGCAGGCACUGCUGCCAUCCAACAGCUUGACCAAAUGCGCUGUCUCUUCCGAGACAGACGGAUGCCAACAACUACUUUCAAAGCCUCAAUAAAUGAAAAAAAUUUAUGAUGCUAAAUUGUGUUGGUUUCUAUUUCCCUCACUGAGCAGCAACUGCAGUCACAAGACAUUGUUUUGCAUUCCACAGUCAGAGUUACUGUUGGAUUCCCACGGGAAUGGGAGACUGGAUGUGAUGUACACUGGUUUCCUGUUUUUCACUGUCCUCUCGAUGUUCUUUGUUUCCGAGAGGGGUUGCUUCUCUGCUCUCACAGAGGCAAGAUGCAUGUUUGUAUUCUCUCAGCAUAGAGUGGAAAUAAAGUUAAGAAUGUGGCACAUACUGCUUAUCCUUCUGCUGUGUGGACUACUCUGUUUGGGCUCAAGAUGAGACGAGCCUGUAUUAGCUUCAGAUGGGCCGAAGUUGGUCAAAAUCUCACAAAUUGGUCGUUUUUAUUGUUCUGUUUCUUUUUUUAGGUGAGGGAGGCGGAGGUAUUGUCCACUGUAUUAGCAUCGUAAAGAUGAUUAAUGUCUGAGUGGAACACAAGAGAGAGGCAGAAUAUGCCAUUGAGAGUCAUGAUAUGGUAAGGCAGGCCUCAUUAGUCAAUUGCUUCUAAUGGAUUGGGCAAGGCCCUCUCCCACUGUCCAGCCAGCCGAAACUGGAGCAUGAUACUCCAGAGAGAGGUUAGCUCAGGCACAGAGAGGUGUUUCUGAGUAUGCAUCUAGGAGUCCAAAUCCCCAUCUAUAGUUCUUGCUUCCCCACUCCUCCCAUGAAAUCCCUGUGGGUGGCAACCCAAGCUAAUAACACUUCAUAGUGAAAUUGUCCAUGCAACUAACUUUAAUUAACACAAAAAGGAAAGACUAUCCUCUGUACACUCUACUGUAGCCAGAACACAACAGGGCCCCAUUCACACCAUACAUUUAAUGCACUAUGAUAGCACUUUAAGUAGUCAUGGCUUCCUCCAAAGAAUUCUGGGAGCUGUAGUUUAUUAAAUGUGCUGAGAGUUGUUAAGAGGCCCUUAUUCCCCUGCCAGAGCUACAGUACCCAGAAUCCCCUGUGAAGAGUGACUGGUUGUUAAACCCUCUCGGAGAACUGUAGCUCUCUGCCGGAGGAGAGGACAGGUGGUGGAGGAUGUGCAAAUCUGAGGCUCACUGCAAGUUAUCCUUUUAAGGCUAAACCAUUUAGUGUGACAUGAGAACCCUCCCUAUGGCUACCAGCUCUUGGUUUCUGGAGUUUGUUAUGCACCUGUCUGCAUUUAGAGAGCUAGUUUGCACUAGUAAAGUUUUUGUAUUUGCUUUUGUUUUUCUAACAAAUUGUCUGCCCCUUUCCCCUUUAGGCAGUGAAACCGAAGAAAGGACUGAAAAGUAUGUGUGUUUGUGUUUCCACACUUUUAUGACCCUUUUGAUAUUGGCUUGGGGUGGAGAUGGUUUCCCAUAGCGUCAUCCGGUAGAUGUAACAUUUUCAUCAUCAGCUUGAGGAAAAAGCAGAGCCAAUAACACUAUGGCCCUAUGUAGUAGUGUGGGUAUUUUGGGGGAGGGAAAGCAUUGGAUUCUUUUUCUAUGAUAAUUAAGCUACUUUAUAUAAGUUACUGUGUAUUGGGAAAUUUCCAGCUUUCAUUGGAACAUUUUUUGCUGCACUAAAGAGUGAUCUAAUUCAGUGUGUUUAUUUUACUUGUAUUUUGUAAACAAAGCUUAAAAAAGUGACCCAUCUUAAAUAUUUUGUCCCAAUGCACCACUGGCAUUUGAUCUGAAAUAUUUAAGAGGGAAAAUUAAAGUGCAUGCAAUGUUUUUUAAACUGUAGACUUUUUUAUUGGAAUACUUAAAAAUAUUUGAGGAUAAUAGCACGUACUUCUUGUGCAUCAUUUAACUUUAAGAAAAACCAAAGUACGAAAAAGCUUUUGACAAUUCUGAUAAAUUUUAGCAGUCCAAAGAGCUACACAUGAUAUGCUCACUUGAAUACUUGCUAGGGACAAUCACCUGAAAAACAUUAAUCCCAACUUCAAAACAACAAAGAUUGCCUACUAUUCUGUUUGCAAUGGAUAUCCACUCAUAGUUACUAAUGAACUUAGAACACAGAACAUUCUUCAUGGAAAAAUAUAAUAAAGGUGUAACACUGCAAAUCUUGCUUUGCCUAUUGAGAGCCAGCCAGCCUUUGGGGUGUGUGAAUCCACACGCUUCACCCAUUUGAGUUCCCCACUCUCUUCCUUUGUUGGCUUUAAUAAAAAUCCAGCAUUAUGGGUUAUAUCCAAUCAUUCCAGUAGCACAAGGACUUCUCUGUGCGUAACAGGAAUUUAUCUCCUUGUCUUGUGCUUCCUCCAAAAUCUGCUCCGGAAGGAAAGGGAGAGGUGGAAGUCCUUGUACUAACUGAAUGACUUUGUUAGCUACAUCCCCUAUAUCUGCACCAGUGGUGCCCAUAGCUAGUGCUAACCAGGUUCCAUCUCAGCCAGGGAUGCCAACCCACUUCAAACCCACAUUUGAGACCUUUGUUAAGUGGUUGAUCUCGGUUCACAGGGAGCCAAUACACAGGAUUGAUGGUGUUUCCUGCUUGGCAGGGGGUUGGACUCGAUGGCCCUUGUGGUCUCUUCCAACUCUAUGAUUCUAGGAUUCUAGGAUUCUAGGAUCUAUGACGUAUGUGGAGUUGAUUUGUCUAUAUAUUUCUUGUCUCUGGAGUUCCUGUCAAAAUAUGGCGGACUUGGAUCUCACUUGUUUCAGCAAGCCCUUUCCUAAGCUUAUGCUGGGAUAGAUUUUUGAGACUGUAAACUCUGUCUUAUUCUAGGCUCCAUUGAUGACGUUCUUGGUGAUCUCCUUGGUGAUGAAGGUAAAUAAGCAGUGAAAUGGAAAAUGGUGUUUUAAAAUUCCGUAGGAACCAGUUUGUCAAGUAAGACUUUCAAAUGAGGCAUGGCUACUAGAGGGAGGGCCUGUUCCAUGAUGGUGCCCUGGUUGUGGAGUUCCUUCCCCUAGUAAAAUUGCCUGGUGUAAUUAUCAGUACUCUUUCAAAUGCCCAGUAAAGUCACACUAUUCAUACAUGAUUCUAAUAGUCUGCACUUUUCAUUUUUAACUCUUGUUCUCACUGUUUUGUUGGGUUUGGGGAGGUUGUUUUUAAGGAUCUUUUUAGCUUCUAUGGUCAGCUUUAAUUUUUGUAAGAAAUGUUCUGUUUUAAGAGAGAUAUGGGCAAACAUUUUCCUAGGUGACUUAGCUAUGAUGGCUGCUGUGCAGUGAGGAGAAUGUUGAGGCCUCACUGCGCUUCAGGAAGAUGGAGACAACCAUUGUGUUCACCAUGCUGGCCUGCUCAUAUACUUCACGACUGAUCUGCCUGGGUCUAUGUUUAUGCAAAGUGUGCUCAACCCCUAGCUUGUUUGUUGAGACUGCCAGCAUCAGAGGUUGUUCAGGUUGCUGUGCAACUGUUAGGACAAAGGAUAUAAUCUAUGCUGCAACCUCCUAAAAUCCCCAUCUCUCCUUCCUAGAUGACGUUCCCCUUAAAUCCAGCAAACCUGCCUCGUUUGUUAGUAGUGCAGGAAGACCCAGAGGAAUCGCCUCACAGACCAGCAAAAAGUAAGGAAUGGCAUUGCUAUUUGUGACUUUAAUGCUUUUGGCACACACACACACAAAAAGAUAGCGGUGCUGUUGGAGCCUCUUGAGAAUUCCCCCUUUAUUGUUUCCCCCCAGCAUCUCUCAAUUUGCCCUCUGUUUCAAUAACCUUUUCUAAGUAGAGGCAAUACUGAAAUCUGAGUAAUUUUGAGGGUGUUUCAAUGAGGCCAGUGGAGCGUUUCAGGUGUUGUUUUCUAGGCUACCGUAUUUUAUUAUUCUUCUUGCACAUCCUAAGUUCUGGAUUUCCCCACCCCACAGGGGCCUCUUGGGGGAUGAUGUCUUCAGCAAAAUGGUUCCUGAGGAAGAGGAAGAUGCAGAGGUGAGGGGGGGGCGGAAAUAAGAGUCCACAUCUUCUCUGCAAGGUAAAUGAAGGCAUUUCCACUGAUGCAACUGGACAGCUACGGGUGUUGUCCUGCAGGUUAUUGCUAUACCUGAAAACAUGGCAUUGAAAGGAGAAUAUAUAGUACAUCAACUUCAGUCAUGGGUGGUGGGGAGGACAUGGACCUGUAGAACUUUUCCAACCAUUUCCCACUGGGGCACAGUAUUUGUCUCUUUGGAAUAUGAGCCCCGGAUUAGUAAUGUGCAUAUGUUGGCAGCACUUGGAUUAAGUGCCUUGGAGUGCUUGGUUUUCCCCCUUUUUUAUUGAAAGGCAGCAUAAAAAUACUACAAGCAAUGAAGCAAUAACUUGUGUGUUCAUUCAUUCACCCCUAAGGAUCCUGAUAUCUCAGAUGCAGACCCAGGAGCUCUUCUAGAGACCUUGAAGGUAAACUGAGAAGACUUUUUUUGUUUUCUUUGGCAGGGCAAAAAUAUAAGUUGAGUGUGCUGUGCUCUCCUAGAUGUGAAAAAGUGGAAUACACUCAUUUUGAGUAUAUGUGUUCUCUCCUGUGCCAGGAUAUAGAUGACAUGGACGCUGAUCUUCUAGGCAUAAAGAAAGCGCCUGCUCAGAAACUGGGGAAGAAUAUGGCAAAAACUCAGCCGUUGAAUGAGCCAGCAAGUUCUGCUAAGAAAACAUCAAUCACUGAGAGACGUAAGACUCCUUUGUUUCAGGACUGAAGUAAUACUCAAAUUUGUGUAAAGAGCUACUAUAGUAGAAACGAUCUCUUAGUGGUACCUGUUCUUAUUCUUAAAGUUACUACAAUUUAUUACUAGCCUUUCACCCUAAUGUCCCUGGGUGGAUUACAACAGUUAAAACACAAUAUAACACUAUAUGAGAAACAGUUUAAAACAACUUUGAAGCAACUCCUUGUCAUCUUUGUAGCCAUGUCUAUGAUGAUCACUUAUUGAUUAAGGACUAAUGACAUCCCUGAGAAAAGGAAUGGGUUGUGUCCUUAUCUGCUUCUAAUGUUGCACCUACAGAAUCCUCUCCAGACUUUUCAAAAAGUUGACUCACACCUGCAAGGAGCAUUUAAGUUCACAGUGACUUGAGACAGAACUUUCCUUGUUACAUUAGAAUUGGACACAAGCAAAAGUAUCUGCUAUACCUGUUGUUUUAAUACAGGAGACUCAGAAAGUGGAAUCACUAAGACUCCCAGCUCUACUCUCACCACUUCCAGAAAUCUGAAACAGAAGUUUUCCUUUGAAGGUAAGCUCUGCUUGUUAGCAUGAGAGAGCGGCUAUUUGUGUAUGUGCGUACGCACACAUGCAUGCGCUUAUGUAAAAUGCAUUUUUAAAAACCUAAGUUUGAGCAUACAAGUACAUCUGGAUGGGGAAAGCUUAGGGUGUGACAGUGACACAUUUAUACACAACCAACAUGGGGCCUACCUGAUUCAACACUGUGCUACUUCAUUUUUAAAAAUAAGUUUAUAAUUUUCAUUUAUAACAAAUAAACACUUCAAUAAAAAAAAAUUAAACAAUCCUCACAUAUCAAACCUCAACUUCCCUCCCUCUCUUUCAGCGGUUCCAUUAAUUUACCCUUUUUCUUCUUCUUCUGCACAUCCCAAUUAACUCUUUAUUCUUUUCCAGCUAAUGUCUUAAUUUGUUUACAAUUUGUAAAUAUUCAAUAAAUUAUUUCCAUUCCUUAAUAAAAAGUUUGUUGUCUUGAUUUAUUAUUCUUCCAGUAAGUUUUGCCAUUUCUGCAUAGUCCAUUAAUUUCUGUAGCCAUUCUUCUUUCGCCAGGACUUCUUCUUUCUCUUUUUGGCGAUUAUCAUUAUUGAGGCAGUCAUUGCAUACAUAAAUUAAUUUCUAUAUUGUUUAGGUAACUCUUAUCCCAUAAUUCCCAAAAGAAAAGCUGCUGGGUUUUUUAUUUUAUUUUUACAAAUGUUAUCUUAAACACCUUUUUCAAUUCAUAUCCUAUCCCAGUAAGCUUUAAUCUUAUAACAAGACCACCACAUAUGGAAAAAGGUACCUUCUUUCCCUUUGCAUUUCCAACACAUAUUUGAUUUUGAUUUAUACAUUUUUGCCAAUGUACUUGGUGUUAGAUACCAUCUGUAUAACAUUUUCGUAUAGUUUUAUCUUAAACUAUUACAUGCUGUAAAUUUUAUGUCCAUGUUCCACAGACUUUCCCAUGCCUCCAUGUCUAUGUUAUGACCAAUAUCUAUUGCCCAAUGUAUCAUUGAAGAUUUCACUUGUUCAUCUUUUGCCUCCCAUUCCAAUAACAUCUUAUACAUUUUAGACAUCACUUUAACUUUACAAUUUAGCAGGUCUCUCUCUAGUUGAGAUAAUUGUUCCCCAAACCCCCAUUUCCUAUCUUUUUUGAAUACUACAUUCAGAUGAUUAAUAUUGUAUCCAUGUUGUUAACAUUCCUGAUAAAUCCUUAAACUCUUUUUAUUUAACUUCUGCAUCUUCCUCUUUUAACAAAUUUCUAUAAGUUACCCAGUUUUCUGUCAUCUUCUUCUUCUUCUUCUUCCUCUUCUUCUUCUUCACUGCUAUAGCUUCUACUGGUGUAAGCCAUAGUGGUAUUUUGGUCUCCAAUAAAUUUUUAUAUUUAUCCCAUACUCUAUACAUUCCCCCCCCCAUUAUAUGGUUUGUAAAUCCUUUAUGGACUUUCACCUUUUCAUACCACAAGUACAUUUGCCAGCCAUAUAUGUUAUCAUGACCUUCCAAAUCUAAAAUAUACGGAUUCUUCAGUAACAAAACACUGCGCUACUUCAGAGGCCAUUUUGCUGCAGGACUCCAUCCAACCCUAAGUGAUGGUCAUGGAACAACAACUCACUAAAGAAAGGGCUAUUAGACAUCAUAAAAUUAAUUUACUAAGCACUGGAGAAGAAUUCAAUCCUUUCCUAGUAGUGCAGUUUCUUCCUAUGCAGUGGCUGAGGUGGUAACUUUGCUGCUCCGUUUUGCUCUUUGUCCGUUGUUUUGAAGUGAUUUCCCACUCUCUUAGAUGUAUUUUUUCUCCCACAGAUAUAGACGACCCUCUAGCUGGUCUUUUGUCUGAUGAGGAAGAGGACAUGGUGAAGAAAGCGCCUUCCUUUGCCACCAAAAGUGUUCCAGAAACAAAUGCUGGGACCUCGAAAGAGAAAGGUUAGUGCGGAUACCAGAAUUGCACCAUUGGCUUGGCAUCUUUUCAAAGAAAAGCACACCACACAUUUGUUUGUGCAAAUGAAACAGCUGGCAGUCUUUCUCUACUCAUCAAUGCUUGUGGUAGCAUUUUUGGAAGUCUGUGAGAACAUAAGAGCCCCGGUGGAUCAGGCCCAGCACCUAUCUAUUCCAGUGCCCCGUUUCCUACAAUGGCCAACCAGAUGCCUUUGAGAAGCCCACAGGCAUGGUGUGAAGACAAGACCCCUCUCCCACGGUUGUUCCCCAGUAACGUGUUAUAACAAUAAUUGAACAACAAACCAACAACACCAGAACUGGCUUAUGACUAUAAAGAACAAUUUUACUGGAAUAAAUAUAUACCCUCAUAAACCAACUAGACAAUGAGCAAACUAAAGUGGAAUGUGCAUAACCAAGCCUGGAGAUAAACAUAGAAUGUACCAAUGUCUCUCUUGUUGCUGUACUGGUUAUGUAUGCAAUAAAUAUGUCAUAACACAGCUGGAAGAAACAGUCGUUCACUGGAAGCACAAAGCAAUAAACGUAGGAGCGGUUGCCAGAAAGCGUUCUUCAAGGGGUCAUCGUUAGCUGGAAGUGCAAAGCCAAAUGAUCAAUUGAAGCCAAAUAGAUGAGACCUGUUCUCCAGAUAUUAUCCGGAUAUUUGCUGUGCCGGUGAGUACCUUUUGUCUUGAGAGAACUCUGUUGAGUGAUUAGCAUCAUGGACUGAUGAAGCUUGCUGCGAAACCUUUGUUCCAGCUGUGUUAUGACAUAUUUAUCGCAUACAUAACCAGUACAGCAACAAGAGAGACACUGGUACAUUCUAUGUUCAUUAGUAUCUCCAGGCUUGGUUAUGCACAUUCCACUUUAGUUUGCUCAUUGUCUAGUUGGUUUAUGAGGGUAUAUAUUUAUUCCAGUAAAAUUGUUCUUUAUAUGCAUAAGCCAGUUCUGGUGUUGUUGGUUUGUUGUUCCCCAGUAACCAACAUCCAGAAGUGUUGUGCCUCUAAUCCCAGAAGGGAGUAUACAUCCAUCAUGACUAGUAGCCAUUGAUAGCUUUAUUCCCCAUGAAUUUGUUUAUUCCCCUUCUAGAUCUAUUAAUUUGUUUAUUUUAUUUUAUUUUAAAAUUCCGCUUUAAGCUUCGUAGGUCUCAAACCAGCUUGCAACAAUAAAAUAUACAUAAUUUAAAACAUAAAUCAAAUCUCCAACAUUUAGCUAUUUUUAGCACACACAAAAAAAAUACCCCAAUACAGCUAGUGGCUUUAAUGGCAUAUUUUUUGGCAACAAGUUCCAUGGGUAGCAUUCACCUAAGUUUUACACCAAGCAGACUCAUUGAAAAGAAUGGAUCUAACUUAGUCAUGUUCAUUAGUUUCCAUUGUGCUAACAGGAACUCUUAUGCAAGUUUUUGCUAGUAGGACUGGUUAUUUGAAUCUGGCUCAGAAUAUUUAGCAUGGAAAUUACAAGCUAUGUAUUGGUCACACUGAGCAGUUCUUGAUUGGGGAGGGAAGCCCAUUAGACCAGUUCUGUAAUAGUUAGACCUCAUUGGUGCAAUCUCUUUCGAUUCCGUUUAUUAGGAACACCUGUGUCUGCAGCUCCUGGCCACGUUGCUGCUCCUGAACGGAAAAGGGACGAGUUAACAUUUGAGGUUGAUGGAGAUGAUCUCAUGGAUGCCAUGGGGUUUGGUGAGAGCCCGAAGACAGAGCUGAAAUCCGGAAGAAAGGACGGAGAGUAAGCAAUCUCCCUAAAACUCACUAAAAUGGAGUGAGUUGUGUGAUACUUUCAGAUUAAAGGAGAUUAAUGGCAUGACUGGAAAAGUUGAACAUUUGGGAUAAGCUAAGGCGGACGAACUCGUAGUUUGCACUGUCGCUCCUGAUUUAGUUGCAGUUCACCCCGGAGAGGGCUGGCAUGACUUAUGAAAAAGACUGUGUACAGUUCUGGUCCCCUUAUAUGGAAAAGGGAUAUUGUUGGGAAAGGUUCAGGAAAGGGCAACUAAAAUGAUCAAGGGGAUGGAGCAAACCCCUUGUGAGGAAAGGUUACGGCAUUUUGGACUUCUUAGUUUAGAGAAAGGGUGAGUUAAGAGGUGAUACAAUAGAGUUUGACCAAAGUGCGGGAGGCAGUGGAAGACAGGAGUGCCUGGCGUGCUCUGGUCCAUGGGGUCACGAAGAGUCGGACACGACUAAACGACUAAACAACAACAACAAUAGAGGUUUAUAAAGUGAUGCAUGACAUGAAGAAAGAGAAUUUGAAAGAGAAUUCAGACAAAUCCAUGGGGGAUAAUGCUUUCAAUGGCUACUAACCAUGAGGACUAUGUUCUGGCAAAGCAGUAUCCUGAAUACCAGUUACUGGAAACUGCAGUAGGGGAGAGUGCUGGAGGCAGCAUCUUAAAACCUAUUUCUAGCAUAGAGGUGUAAGACUUCCUUCUACUAAUUUCUGGAAAUAGCCAGACUUUUUAGUUCUGAUCCUUUAUCAGAAAUAGCCCGUGUGUUUUAAGUUUUUUCUCAUCUGCUGUACAGUUAAAGUAAAUGCUGGAAUAAUAGCUAAAGGUGGUCAAAAAGCCAUUAAGAUUCUCCUCUUGACCUCCACAUUCUCUGAACUGAUCAUAUGGGUUAGUUGAUGGAGGAUUGCACUUCGUUUUGGCAGAGAGCAGUCUCGUCCCGCCCGAUCCAUGCUAGAUGAAUUGCUUGGGCAAGGAACAGCCAAAAAGCUCCUGGAGAGACCAAAGACAGGAGAACCCAAGGAGUUCAAACUGGACAAGAAAUAUCAAAAGCAAGCAGGCAAGUGCCGUAGGGGUGAUGAAGCCUGUGGUGUAGUGGUUAAGAGCGGUGGACUCAUAAUCUAGUGAACCGGGUUUGAUUCCCCGCUCCUCCACAUGUAGCUGCUGGGUGACCUUGGGCCAGUCACACUUCUUUGAAGUCUCUCAGCCCCACUCACCUCACAGUGUGUUUGUUGUGGGGGAGGAAGGGAAAAGGAGCUUGUUAGCCGCUUUGAGACUCCUUUGAGCGGAUAUCAAAUCCAAACUCUUCUUCUUCUGUUUCAUGCGCACAGUAUUCUGGGAAGUCCUUUUGCCCCUCCUCUUAAACACUGGAGAAGCCUGCAGCUGAAAUUCAGUUCUCUCAUAGGUUGUUUGAUGAUUGAAAAUAUCUUAGAUCCAUGGUGGGAAUCUCCUGACCCACAGCCAAAUUUCAUCCCACCCACAGCCAUCACCCACUCUGACUUUAUUUCCCCCACUUAGAGCUUAUCUGCCUCUGCCUCUGCCUCUCCCUCUCUCUCUCCCUCUCCCUCUCUCUUUGGGCUGGUACUCCUGCCACCUCCAUGGCAACUGUACACAAAGCUUGUUCCUCUUGCUUUGCCAGCUCAUGGACGAGGGUUUGGUGCCACCAUGGUUUCUAGUUCUACUUCACAAGCUUUCACAAGCAAGACACUCCAGCCCCCUUAGAGAGCAGCUGUUGUUGUUUGCCCUUAAGCACUCUCAGAGCAGAUAGUGCCUGAUAGCAAGGUAGACCUGGUCCAUCUAGCUCCUUACGGUCUACUCUAGCUGACAGUGGCUCUUCUGGCUUUCAGACAGGGCUCUUUCACAGCUCUACUUUGAGAGAACAGAGGUUGAACAUUGGACUUUCUGCAUGCACUCUGCCACUGAGCUACUAUUUCAACUUCUCAUUUCUUUUUUUUAGAAAAUAAAGACUAUUAUGCCCCAAACAGGAGGCAGCUGCACACUAUUUUCUACCUAUCUUUUCGACUUGCUAGUACCUGGAGAUUUUUUCUUUUCUUUUAAUUAUUUGCUUUAUUAACAAUCUCUUAUAUCAUAUGACACAUUUCAUAUAAUAUAUACAUUUACAUAUGUAUUGUAUAUCUUCUUGAGUAUACAUAUAUAUAAUCCAUGUAAGCAAAAACUAUAUGCAAAUAGUAUUCUGUUUACUUACAUAAAUUGAACUAAUUCAUAUUUUUACUAUCUUUUGUUGUCUUAUCUAUUUAUUAAUAUGAAUUAAAGAAAGAAAAAACCAGAAAAAAGGAAAAGGUGUAGUUGGACUUCCUAUCAUUUCCCAGUGUAUAGCCUUAUUCUAGUAAUGAAUAUACCUAACAUUAUUGAGUUAUUCUUUAUAUUCCUUCUAAUACAUUCUUACAACAGUUAGUACCUUUUGACUUAUUUCUCACAUGUUUCACUAUAUAAGGGUCAAUCAAAUGCUGCCAUAUUAUACCACUGUUAUAAUUUCAUAAAUAUUUCUUAUAUUUAUCCCAUUUCUGUACGAAUACUUGUCUUGUGUUGCCUCUCAAGCUAUUAGUCAGUUGCGCCAUUUCUACAUAUUCCUGUAAUUUAUUUUCCAGUCCGUUAUGGUUGGAACAUUUCCCCCAUUCCAGUUCAUUGCUAUCAAUGUUUGAGCUGCAGCCGUGGCAUAUAGGAAAAUUUCUCUCAAAUUUUUCGGAAUAUUGUUGCCGUGAAUGUUUAGCAGAAAAGCCUCAGGCUUUUUUAGAAAGGUACCUGGAGAUUUCAGGGCUUCCAAGGCAGGGCUGGGGAGCCUGUGGCUCUCCAGAUGUUGUUGGAUUCCAUCCCUGACCAUUGGAAGCCCACCACAUCUGGAAGGCAACACAUGGGCUUCCUCUGCUCUUAAGUCUCUGAGGAAAGCAAGAGGGGGGACGUGGUUGUGCAUCCCAUCAGCUUGACUCUCUGGGCUCUUUUUGUGUACAGAGAAGGAAGAUAUUUUGGGAGAUGAGUUCACUUUUGGAGCCUACCAACCCACUGUGGCCAUGAUUCCAGAGGGAAGGCAGUCAAGACGACAGUCUGUCAGGUAAUGGUAAAUGCACAAGCCACAAAAGGUGAUUCGGUCUCCCACAAGGCUGCUUGUAAAAUCCUGGCUCUCUCUCAUUCGUUUCUAUUUGCAGGUUUUCCUCGGAGAAUCUCAGUGAGCUUAAAACAGACCAGAAACCAGCAACUCCUCAUUCUGGCAGCCCUGUACGCAACAGGACUGCAGCUGAUUGGCUGGGGCUGAAAGAGGAUGAUUUUAAACUGCCACCGUCACCUCCACUAAAAGAAUCUGGCAAGACCACCAUAAGAGGAGCCACACUGGAUAGGCCGCCUAGCCCUUCUGAUGCCGAGCCCCCCGUUCCUACCAGCCAUCUUCCUUCUAGGUCAAAAGCAGCUGCUGAAGAAGCAGCAGCGCCAAAGCAUGAACCCAUCAAGGAUGAUGGUGAGGACAGCUGGCUGAGCAAUGUCUUAUCUCAGAAGAGAACUCGAGCGCAGGAGAAAGAGAGGAGACCUGGGUCCUCGGAGAUUCACCGAAAGGAAGUGGAUCCCAUCACUCUUACCAGGUGAGCUCAGAGGUCGCUUGAAUUCUGCACUUAACGUUCUUCAGAUUCUCUAAACUGUUUUCCAAAUUCAAUACUAUGCAAAUUUUCCAUGGGCACCCAAGUCAUGAUGCACUUAGCCAUUGGUAUUGCACAUGUCACCCUGCCUCGUAGCAAGUCUUGUAGGCUGAUUUUUGGGGAGGAGUAUUGUGUUAAUUAACUAUUCCCAUACUUUGGAUUUUGUGUUUGUUUUUUUCAGCCAGGGGGCUCCAUCCGCCUAUCAGCAAUCUAUUGCCCCAGUCGAUAGGCCUGCCAGACUGGAUCAACCUGGGUAAGAACUUACUUGUGGGCUUCCACUUGGGCAUUGUCAUUGGGCACUGCAGGAACAAGGAUGCUUGACUAGAUAAGGCCUUUGGUCUGGUCUAUCAGGGCUUCUCUUGGGUUAAGUCCUCUGGGUUAUUGUCAAGUUGCUCUGGGUAACCAUGUUACUUCUGGGUAACCAUGUUUCGGAUUGUGGUGUGAGAAGAGAUUAUUUAAUUUGGAGCAAAAUACCUGCAUUUGUGUGGAAUUAUGAGGAUAUUCCUAGGUAUUCAAGGAUGUUUAAAAGAGAGGGUGCCAGCUCAUUAGCUGUUGGAUUGAAUGAUGUAAAGACGGGUAGAAUACCUGAUUGUGUUGUAGAUUGGCACUUAUUCCAUAAUAAAAGGUGAUUAUUCAGAUGCCCAUUAAUCUCUCUCUCUCUCUCUCUGUCUCUCUCUGUCUCUGUCUCUCUGUCUAUUUCUGUGCUUGACACAGGUCUUCCAUACCUCUGUUAAGAUCUCAGGAACAAACCACUCCUGCUUUUCCAUCUAAUUCCAGGAAAGGGACUCCCUUUGGAGACACCAGUAAGACAAGUAAGAUUCAAACUCCAGUUAAACUGCCAAGGGAACGAACAUUGCCAGCAUACCUCCCAUCUUUGAUUAUGGUGUUGUUGUUUCUGAAUCAGUGGUAUAAAUGAACCUGCCUCUGCAGAGUUGCUUUCCAGGAAUGCUGUUUGACCUUCACUAACCUUGAAAUAGCAAAUGAUAGAAGCAUUUCAUGUUUGGGCUACCAAAUGUCAUGCACUGAACUGCACUUCCUCUUGGUGUCUGAGAGAGAGAGUUCUGUUUGGUGCUCCAACGAAGGGGAAAGCUUCUUGUUGCACAUCUUGCUUCUAGUGUCAUCUCUUAAUUCAUUUCUCUGCCAGUUUGAUUUAGACUUGUGCUGAGGCCCCUUCCCCAUCCCACUCUUUGACCUGGAGUAGAAUACUCUAUACUGUAUUUGGAAAUCUGAUACUUUCCUUUGCUCAGUGCUAAUAUGCCCUGUUGUCUGCUGAUGUUCCUUUCCUCCUCCUAUGGGUUUGGUGUGGUAGAAAGAGGUUUGAAGCCAUGCUUGGUGCUAUAGAAGUGAAAGGGACCACUCAUCCUUAAGCUGCCCCAUCUUACAUCCUGUCCACUCUCUUCCCACUUCCAUUUGCCCACAGGGUUUUCUGUGCAAGGGACCUGUGGAGCAGAGCAGGGUGAAAUUUCUAUAGCUCCUUCCUUCUUUCCUUUAUGUUUGAAGAGCAGCUAAACAGCUAUCCUACCUCCUUUUAACUGUGAGAUAACAGAAAUGGGCGAUACAGUCCCUACCUGUGUAUUGCUAUAUAGGGAAAGCAUCUAAACCCAUUGCUGUAUCUGAGCUCUUUAUGGAUUGAUUUUACAGCACCUGCAACUUUUUUCCCAGGACAUGAAGAAAUCCUCCCCAUUCCUAUGCACUCUCCGGUAGGUAGGAGGUGAUAUUUUUUAUUACUUAUUGAGGAACGGAAGUGGUUGGGAUAGAUGAAUAAAUGUAUUUAACAAGCACUCGUCUAGCAGUUUAUACAGACGUUAUAACAGUUCCCGAACUUUAUUUUCUUAAUGUGCAUGUAUUUAAAUAGAAACUGAACUUAGCCCAGAAGGCUGCAUAAUCCAUUAACCAGGGUGCACUGACUUCUGGACCGGCCACAUCCUGUCCCAAGAUAACCUUGGUGCACAUUACGGGUCUGGUGUUCUCUUUCCAGCUACGGGGAUAAAUUGGAGGCUCUCAUACUCCCAUAAACCUACCGGGUCCCAACUGUCCCUAGACCAGUACCUGGCACUUGCAAAGUUUUUCCUGAUUUAAAGCAUUCCCCAACAGAUACUGAGCUAUUCUCCUUAGAUAAACAUCCAGGAAGGGAAAUGCUACAGUUCCACAUUAUAUACAGCACUCUCAAACUAAUUUUCAUAAGUGUAGGGUUCCUCAAAAGGGGAAAUAACUUCCCAUAUUUGUAUGUUUCUGUAUCAGGAGAUGUCUCUCCAGCAAGUUGUUUUCUUCUAUAGUAGAUCAGACUCAUGCAUGACUGCCGGACGGCAUGAUCUGUGGAUACUGCAGCACUCUUUCACAAGUGAUGCUAAGAACAGUAUUCAAAGUUCUCCCUGUUUGCAAGUUGAAUGAUAAGAGCAGUGCCGGACAGAAUGUUCAUUUCAUUUUACAGUGGUUCUUUCAUGUGCUCUCUGCCACGGGGAAGGGGCACUUGUGGCCAUACAUUUGCUGAUGGGCUCAGACCCCCAUCGGUCAGCAAUGAUCAGAGAUGAUGGAAGUCCCACAGCAUCUGGGGAGGGCAAAGGCUUCCCCAGCCCAGUUCCGUCACAUUCACAACACAUGGGGACGCUGUGAAGCCUGCGAAACAUUCUUCCCUUGUGAAAACGGCCUCCUGUAUCUUCUCUCUCAACUCCUCUGCCCUUUCCCAGCUCCUGCACUUGGAACCCCACAUGCUGAGCUCACCUAACAGCAGCGAGUAUGAAAAAAGGCUGGCGGGUCUGCAAGCGCAGCUGCAAGAAAGCCUGGCGAGCUAUCAGGCGGAGCUCCUGGGUGCUCAAACUCGCAUCGCUGAGCUGGAAGGUCAGGUAAGUUAGCUGCACUUAAGGCAUGAAAUAGAAACAGGUUCUUUUUGCAUCCUGUUAUUUUAGUGGAAGCACCACGCUAUGCAUUAAAUGCAUUAACUGCAUUAAAUGCACCAUGCCUUAACAGCACACUCGGAGAAGGAAAAUGAAUCCUUAUGUAGCCAAAACAGCACCAUCCACUGCAAGUGGAGGAGGUUUCAGUAGACUUGAGGAAAUCCCAAGGUUUGCAGAAGUACAGAAUGUAAGAAGAGCCCUGCUGGAUAAGACCAAAGGCCCAUCUAGUGCAUCAUCUGGUUCUCCCAGUGACUGCCAGAGGCCUAUGAAUCAGAAUAGUAGAAUUGUAGAGUUGGAAGGUGCCCCAGGGGUCAUCUAGUCCAACCCCCUGCAAUGCAGGAUUCUCAACUAAAGCAUCCAUGGCAGAUAGCCAUCUAACCAGGACUCUCCCCAAUUGAGAUUCCCUGUAACCAGCAUUCAGACAGUGGAUGUAGAUCAUAGCCCUCAUGGGCCUUUGAUAACUUUAGCCUCCAUUAAUUUCCUUGAUCAUCUUCUAAAGUCAUUGCGGGAGACUAUGCCAUGGUUCAGCUGUAUCCAUAGUGAGAAGAAAUUCUUCAUUUUAACUGUCCUUAAUCACCCAGUGUUCAGCUUCCUUGAAUGACCCUGGGUUCUAGUAUUAUGAGAAAAAUCUUUGGGGUGUGGGAACCCUAAGCUGUGUAAGGAGACCUAAAGCACCUCAGUGAAGACUGAGCAGGCUCCGUUGGCAUAUAAUGUUGAUUGACUCUUAGGGAUGGAAAAUUGGAAUGGAAUAUGCUGGAAAAGGGCACGACCAGCUGGCUAGAAAUCUGAACAAGAGGACUUUACAUUGCAACAUUUUGUUGCAGACCCAACAUGUCAUAAAUGUGCAUGGAUAGUGAGUGUUGAUAAACAUGGCCUUACUCUGUUGUAGAAACCAUGUAUGUGUAAGUAGCUGAGGGCUUGUGAGUCAUGGAAAUAUGACAACUGCUUAGUCACAUUAUUUAACAGUAAACAUCCUUGUGAUGGUCAAAUUGCUUUCUCUCUCUCCUCCAUCCCUCCAAGGCUUCCCUAGGUUAAAUCUGAAGCAAUGCUCCGGUGUUGAUGCAAUGUGUGAGUGGCUCCAAACCAAGUAGCUGUACCCUGUUUACGGAUAUUCAUAAGUAAAUUGGGGUUUUUAAAAUUCAUUUAGGUCAGGCGGCUGGAGCUGGAGAAGAAUCAGCAAAAACUGCUGUUGGAAAGUUUACAGCAGCGCCAUCAAGAAGAUUUGGAGCUCAUCGAGAAUGCUCACAGGUAUUGGCAGCUGUUGUUAGUGCUCAGUGGCACAAGUAGAACAGAAAGCAGGAAGACCAACAGUAGGUGGCGCUAGAACCAAUGGCAGGGGGAGAGAGCGGCACCAUUACUGUCUGUAAGCAAAAUGGCAAGAGGGUGGUGGUUGGCUGAGAGAGAGCAGACUGAUGUUGGUUGUGGCAGUGCUCCAUUUGCCUUAAUGGACCAACUUCCACUGGGCAUUGGUUGUUCUGAACACACAAACUCAUCCUAGAGCACCUGCCCCAAGGAUCCAUAUGAAACAGGAACUACAGAAACUUACUCAUAGGCACAUCUUCCCACAAGGACUUGCACAGGUACUUAUUCCUACGUAUACCAGGAGCAUUUUCUCUUCUUGCCUCUUUCCAAAUGAUUAGGCCCACUGUGAAGUGUGUUGCCAUCCCUUCCCUGAGCGGACAUGCAGUACGAGCAGUAUAUAUCUUCCUUGCCAGUCCCAGCCUGUUUGAGCAAGAGAGCUAGAGGAGUUUGCUACAAUCACAGUUCUACCACUGGAACUAUUGCUUUGACACAUCUUCAUCUAACCUCCCCACAAACGAAUCGGGAUGAAUGCUCACUGAAUAGCCAAAGUUGUGGAAUCUCCCUGCAAACAAAUCAGGAUGGGUGCUCAAUAAAUAGGUUGUGUGGGAAGCUCCCAGUGUUUCAAAGCUACCAAAAAAGCAUACAGUGGUACCUCAGGUUACAAACACCUCAGGUUACAAACACUUUGGGUUACAAACUCCGCUAACCCGGAAGUAGUACCUCGGGUUAAGAACUUUGCCCCAGAAUGAGAACAGAAAUUGUGCGCUGGCAGCAAUGGAAGACCCCAUUAGCUGAAGUGGUACCUCAGGUUAAGAACGGUUUCAGGUUAAGAACGGACCUCCUGAACGAAUUAAGUUCGUAACCAGAGGUACCACUGUAUCAUAAAAGGUUAAAAACAUACAGUAUAAGAAACAGAUAAUAGCAAAUAAAAACCACUUUCAGAAGAUGAGGUUAUUGGUGCUACAAUGUAAUGUAUAUUGAAAAUGAGAGAGAGAUGCUGAUAUGAGAAGCUCAGUUUUCAAACCUAGGCAGCUAUACAGGCAAAUAAGUCGUAAGCCAGUCACUAGACCCCCUAAAGCAGUUAAUUAAUUACAGACGGACAGGCAGACAUCAUUUUAUUUCUGUGCCACCUUUCCCUAGUUAAAAACCAUGCUCAAGGCAGCUUCCAACAAGAAAAGAAUUACAUAAUUACAAAUAUAACAAUAAUAGUCAUAAACAAUAACACACAUCAAAAAGUACACAACCAAAUUAACAAUUUCCACAUUAAAUCGUAAGAUAGAAAAACUAAAGAUACAAAAAAAAAAAAGAUCAAUAACAGCAACAACCCCUCCUCCCUUGAAAUACUAGUGAGUGAACAAUUACACAAGAAUAUCCUACAUCGCUUUUUUCAAUCCAAGCAUGCUUGGGAACCCGUGUGGUGGUGUUUUCCCUUCUGACAUAGGAACCGUGUAAAGGUGAUUGAGGACUCGUACCACCAGCGUGAGGAGCGCCUCCGGCAAGAGAACCAAGAGCUGGCAGGUCGAUACUUAUCUUGCUGCCAGAAUGCAGAGGAGGCCAAAUCGGAGUUGCUGGCCCAACACCAGCGCCGGCUGACAGAGCUAGAGCAGGAGAAGGCCAAGGAUAUUGACCGGUUACGGGAGCUUCAGCGGUAUGUGGUGAGGGAGGUUCAAAGGGAUUUGGGUGGCUUUCCAAAGCCCAAGUCAGACAGUCCAUCCUGUUGCUUUUCCUUUGACAAAUGCUCGAACUUCAGUCCUUCCAGUGUGAUGAGAGCCAGUGUGGUGUAGUGGUUAAGAGCGGUAGUCUCAUAAUCUGGGGAACCAGGUUCGUGUCUCCGCUCCUCCGCAUGCAGCUGCUGGGUGAUCUUGGGCUAGUCACACUCCUCUGAAGCCUCUCAGCCUCACUCACCUCACAGAGUGUUUGUUGUGGGGGAGGAAGGGAAAAGGAGAUUGUUAGCCGCUUUGAGACUCCUUAGGGUAGUGAUAAAGCGGGAUAUCAAAUCCAAACUCCUCUUCUUCUACUUCCAACAUUUGGCCACACUUUCUGUGUGACCUGAAAGAAGAAGAGGAGUUUGUAUUUGAUAUCCCGCCUUUCACUCCCUUUAAGGAGUCUCAAAACGGCUAACAUUCUCCUUUCCCUUCCUCCCCCACAACAAACACUCUGUGAGGUGAGUGGGGCUGAGAGACUUCAAAGAAGUAUGACUAGCCCAAGGUCACCCAGCAGCUGCAUGUGGAGGAGCGGAGACACGAACCCGGUUCCCCAGAUUACAAGUCCACCACCCUUAACCACUACACCACACUGGCUCUCUUGCCUUAUUUGUGGAAAGAUCUUUGUCUCUAGAGAGAGAGAGAGUGCGCACAAUUUAGAUUGGCGCAAACUCUGAAGAGAGAUUCGUCCCAAGAACCUGUUUGUUUUACUCCAUUUUCCUAGCAAGCAUGGGUCUAGUGUCUUUUUCCCCUCCCCCCUUGGGGACCCCCAGGAUGUCUAUUCUGGAAAUGCGCAAAGACCACGAAGAGCAACUGCAACGUCUGAAACAGCUGAAGGCUCAGGAGAUCGACGCAGUGACCAGCGCCACCUCUUACACCAGGUAACGCUUGCUGCUCACCUGCGAGCUCAAGGAAUUGGAAAGAAAGAGAAGCCAGUGCUAGGAAACAAGGAGUGUAGAUGGAGAAUUGUCUUUAGUGCUCAGAGGGUAUCUAGUCUUUCAGCAGCAGUAACCAAAAGGGGGGCACUUGAAUACAGGAGGUCAGAAACAGAGUUGCUGGACAUAUAGGAAUUCUCAUAUACACAUGACGAUUGAGAGCCUCUCUUUACAAGGAAGAAUACCUGCUCCAGUCUGGUACACAAAUCCAGGUGUUCAGGGUUAGUGGGAGAAUAUGAUCAAUGUCUGCAGAAGGUUUGGGUGUCCUCUCCUCUCCUACUGGCCAUUGGCCCCAUUGGGAGUGGUUCUGCUUCGCAGAUGAGCACUGCAUUAACAUCAGCCACAGGGAGUGGUGAUGGAGGCUUCCUUCCCUCCUUUGCCAAAAUCAGCCUCCCCAACUUUCAGUAUUGCCGGACUCCCAAGCCGCAUUUGCCCCCAGCCAGCAUUGCCCAAUGGUCAGGAAUGAUGGAUGCUGAAGUCCAACAGCAUCUAGUGGGUACCAGGUUGAGGGAGGCUGGCCUAGGUGAACUAUAGGCUGCUUUGCUCUUGCAGCACUACUGGGGAAGUGAAACGGGUCAGGAGAAGUCUGAGGGGUUUUGCAAAGAAUGGGACAGGGAAGGAACCCUCCACAUGUUGAAACGGGAUAAGAUGUGAGAGAUUCAAUGGGUAUGUUUGGGGAUGCUGCUACCUAAGGAGAAAAGGGUGAUUCAGGAGCAAUUGCACUUUUCUGAGGCUGUUUCCAGUGACAAGGUGGCUUAACAGUGCUGUUGUGAGAGAAACGGGGGUUCAGGUGGAGGUGGAGGUUAAAGGCCACACGCCCCAAACAUACACAAGUUCUGAGCAAGACCUGAGAAUUUAGAGGCACUGGCGCAAGGAUCUUAAACUGAUAAAUCUGGAAAAAAACUAGUUUUGUUAUUGUUAAAUUGCUUCAGGAUCUUUCAUGGAAAGGGAAGUGGUAUUCAUAAAUGCAUGAAUGAAUAAAAAAAUAAAAUGCUGGCCAGAAAUGCAGCCUGUGUAUCCUGGGCAAAAAAGGGCCAAUACUCCUCCGCUCUAAAUUUGCGCCCUUUAUGACCAAGUAGCCAAAACAUGUCUAGCCCGCCUCCAGCAGAAGCAACAUAUAAGCCUCACAACUGCAAAAGAAGCUUCCUGAAUCAUGUUCUUUGUGCCAAUGGGAAACAAAAGGAUGCAUAGUACUGGGCAACUUGGCGCUCACGUUGCUUUUUUCCAGGUCUUUGAAUGGUGUCAUCAGUCAGAUGGAGAAGUUCUCCAGCAACCUGAAUGACCUUGCUAACAAAGUGGAGGCCACUCACCACGCCACAUCCCAAGGACUUGAGAUUGGGUCUCGCCAACGGGAUGAACAACUCAGGGGUACGUGGCUUCCUGACACUAGGGACCUAAAUGCCACUUCCACAGGACUUCCUCUUUCACUGGGGCACUUCUAAUUUGGGAAUUGGAGAUUUUGAAUCAGCUUCAGCAGAUUCUCCUGCAGGGCCAUGAGACUAGUGUAGAAUCAGUGCAGAAGGAUUUCCGGAACUUUCCCUUUUGUGUCUUACAAAGGCAAAUAGAAUGUGAUGGAGGCUGUUGCCUGGGGGUGCCUCAUCUUCCACUUCAUUUGUGUGAGGUAAAAUUACAAAUUUCUUGGAAAUUGGUAGGGAUAAGCUGGUUAGCACCAGUUAUGCAGUCCAAAACUGUUGGCACCAGCGGGGAGGGUUGAUUUGAACAAAGAGAUAGGCCCCUAUACUAUUGGAGCCUUGCAAAGUGUCGGCAAUUCUUUCAUCCUCCCUUCUGAAGUUCUGGAAGACCGUCUGAUCCGGCAGCAGAGAGACAUGGAAGAAGAACGCAGCCGGCUCCAAGAGGUCAUCUCUAAGAUGGAGGCCAGGCUGAAUGAGCAGACUCGCCUUCUGGAACAGGUGAGCUAUUGCUGGAAUGGCAGCCAUUUAUUGUAGCAAGAAUGUGACUUCUGGGAUUCUCAACUUUAAAGGGUGAUCUGUUUUUCCUCCCCAGCUCUUCCUCAAAUAACAUGCUUGUUUUAAGAUGGCUUGAGUUAUCCACUGGAUUCCUGAGCCCUUUUCAACUACAUUUAUUUACUAGCGUUGUGGAAACUAAGUGGUCCACCAAAUAAAUGUUGCCUCACAGCCUCGCUCAGGCUGCUACCACUUACAGGGUGAGGCAUGGAGUAGCGUGCACAGAAGAGGCAAGUGAAUAUCAGAUUUGGCAAGCAGAAUUUUCCUGAGGAAACCCAUUAACACCAAUUUCUUAAGAUCGUAACUGUACAUAAAAUGGUAACGGGUGGACAUAUUUCUUGAUUUAGAAUGACAUGUUGAGAUCGGAGCAAUGGUUCUGAUCCAGUUUGCUGUUUGUGAAAAUGCUCCUAGUAACCUAAUUCAGAAUAAAAUAACCUAUAUUAACAUAGAAUUAGGAAAAGGUCUCACAAACGUGCAUUGAAAGAGUGGAGGAAAUUAUUUUACCCACUGUAAUUAUAUUAGCAAAAGGGAUUUUGAAAUUUGUAUCAUGGUUAAUUGACUGACAUGUCUCUAAAGCAGGGAUGGGAUGGAGAACUUGUGAUCUUUCAGGUGCUGAACACCUACCAUCUCCAGCUCUGGACAGUGGUCAGGGCUGAUGGGAGUUCAACAACAUCUGGAGGGCCACAGGUUCCCUAUUCCCAGUUUGAAACUUUGAGCGUGGUUCUAAACCAUCUUUAUUCUUCUGGAACUGUUCAGAGGGGCUUGCCCCCCUGCCCCUGAUGAGUUAACAGAAGAAAAUAAGAAACAGCAAAUUGUUCACUGAUCAGCGGUUAAGGAUUGCCCCAGUUCCAUGGCAUACUCCUCCACUGUCUUCCAAGACAUGUGAAUGCCAAUAACAACUUGUCUGCAUACAUUAGUUUUCUUACUAAGUGAAGGGUUGCUGUGUGGUGUGGAAUUGCAUCAGGUUGAUGACACCUGUGACUAGAAUGAAUUUCAGUUGAGCAACACCCACUAUUUGUCCUUGCUUGCCUCCUUGCAAGGGUCUGUCCUCAGCUUGUCAUGAGAGCUUGUCCUUCUGCUGCUCCACUGAGCCCUGAUUUCUUCUUAAAGUAGCCACUGCCACCACCCCAUUGUCCUAGGAUUGUAUCCAACUAAACUCUACUCAAAGUAGAUCCACUGAAAUUAACAAACCUAAGUUAGUAAUGCCAACUUCAUUGGGUUUAUUCUGAGUAGGACCAGCACUGGUUACAACCCUUAGAUGCUGGACUCUUUCUGUAAUUACCCACAUAAAGGUAAAGGUAAAGGACCCCUGGACGGUUAAGUCCAUUCAAAGGUGACUCUAGGAUUGUGGCGCUCAUCUUGCUUUCAGGCCGAGGGAGCUGGGGUUUGUCCAGAGACAGUUUUCCGGGUCAUGUGGCCAGCAUGACUAAACUGCUUCUGUCACAAUGGAACACCGUGAUGGAAACCAGAGCUCACAGAAACACCAUUUACCUUUCCACUGCAGCAGUACCUAUUUACUUGCACUGGCGUGCUUUCAAACUGCUAGGUUGGAAGGAGCUGUGGCAGAGCAACAGGAGCUCACUCCAUCACGGGGAUUCAAACCGCCGACCUUCUGAUCAGCAAGCCCAGGAGGCUCCACGGUACCCUUUGCACACACACAAAAUAGAGCUCAAGCCCUGAAGCAGAAAUAUUCCUUUAAUUAGCAGACAAGCAAUAGAUCUUGUAAUUCUACCAUCCUGCCUUGGUGUGUCUGCCUUAGCUUUUCUAGCAACUGUUCUGUAUAUUGUUGUCCACUCUGACCUGCUAACCAACUGAGUCCGUCCCUCUUGCCUCCCCCUUGGACUGCUGACACACCCAACUACAUUGCUUUCUUUCCUAAUGGUGGAAUGAGCCUUCCCUGAGCAGAUCUUGUGUCUUUCUACCUUAGGAACGCUGGAGGGUGACAGCAGAACAAUCCAAAGCAUCAUCCUUGCAACACUCGCUAGAGGAGCAGAGGAGGAUCAUGACCCAGCAGCUGAGCAUGGAGAAAGAAGAGCUAGAGAGGGCAAAGGUUAGAAGGGCCCUUGGUGGUUUUGUUCGUUUGUUCAUUUGUUUUUUUAGCAAAAUGAUGUUGCCAACACACUGCAAAGUGUGGACUGAUCCGGUUGUAAAUAUGUAGCAGUCUAUACCAACCUGGAAGGUGGGAGGGGAAUUUCUAUACACAUUUUGCAUUUCCUGCUGCUCUUGUUUCCAGAUAGAGGUUCCUCCGUGACAACAAAGAGAAUUUUAAUGUGUUGGGUUUCUCCCCCCGCCUAGGCAGCUGACUAUAAGUUCAAGACACCCAUAUCAACCUUUAAAAAUGCCAUUUUGGUGUACGAGGCCUCUUGUUGGAUUAUAUGUCGUUCUGAGGCUUUCAAGAAGUACACAUUACUUCCCUGUGUUUCUCUUCGUUGCUCCCAGAAUGCUUUGCUUGACGAACAGAAGGCCGUCAUGCAGAAAUGUGCCGCGGAGCGCCAUAAGCUUGCUGCAGAGUGGUCUGAGCUCCACACUCAACAGAGGCUGAGCAAAGAACGCACAGAGAGGGAGGUGGAUCGGGCUCUGCAAAUUGACUCUCAGAGAGAAGGGGCCAUCAUGAGCCUGGCAAAGGUAAAAAGGAGCUAAAGGAGAGCUUGCUCAGUUCUGGAGCUUUCUUUCAAGGCUGCAGCCUAGGGCCUAAAUGAUAUGAAGUGAAAAUAAGAGGUGGGAGAAUCGGAGUGGAUAUUUAGGUCAGGGCUUGUGAAGCGUUGCUCUUCAGAAUGCAAUAACAAUAAGGUAUGUGUGAGGAACCUGCAACCCUUGAGAUGUUGUUGGACUUCAACUCCCCUCAGCCCAACCAGCAUGGUUACAGUAAUAUAUUAUUUCUACUUUGUCUUUCUACCAUUAUGUGUACACAUGAAGAAUUAAAUAAUACAGUGUAGGCAUGGAAAUAGAAGAUGCAGUAAUUAAAUUAACUAGAGGAUCUUUUCCCGAAUAGCCAUUGCCUGCUGCCCAAGUGGGAACUGAACUAGGUGGAUCUAAGUCAUUAUAAGGGGCUGCCUUAUAUUCCAUUCACAGUAAUACAAGAUAGCAAAUCUGACAGGCUCUUUUUUAUUAGGAACGCGCAGACCUGCAAAUCAAAGCCAGUGAGCUGAGAUCGAGGGAGGAGCAGCUGGCGAGAGAUCGGGAGAUUCUGGAGCAAGAGAAGCAGGAGCUGAGGCUGGAAAAGGAAAGGGUCAAUGCAGCAGCUUUGCACGUCAAGCAGAGGACCGAAGAAAUCCAUAGCAUGAGCAAAGUAAGAAAGCCUCAUUUCCCCCUUUACACAUCUAGCUGUGCUAGGAAGGCAGAAGGAGAAUGAAACUGAGUCAGAGCAGAAUGUAGGAGCCAAACAACAGGUUUGGCUUCUGGUCUGGUUUCUAGUGCUACGUGUAACAUCAGAAUGUGGUAUUUUGUUCUCUCAGUUGUGGAGAUGCUGAAACACACUACAUUGUUCUUGGGUUGAAUUCAACAAACCCACUGCAUGAAUAGAACUACUUGUGCAAUGGAACUUCUCCAUUCUAUCUUUCCACUGUCUGCCCACAAACUCCCCCAGACCUGCCCUGCAGGGUUGAGAGUAGAUUUUGGUGGAGAGUGGGGGAUGCAAAGGGCAUAUGGGAGAAGAAGGAGGGAAAGUUCAAUUGCACAAUCACAAGUCAUUCUUCUUAUGCAAUUACUUCAUUGGAGUCAACCCUUUGUGCCAGAUUCAACUAAGUUGUUGCUCUGGCAGAAGCCAGCAGAAUGAGUUCCAUUUGCAAAGUGGGACUUCCUCCACCAGCACAACCUCUGUCUCCUCUGAGAUCUGUCCAGGAGGGUUUGGAGAACCCCCAGAACAGGAGGAGGAGAGCAAAUUAUUUUGUGGCGUCACCUUCUCCUUGGAAAAUAGAAUUAAGAUCUCACUGCUUGUGGCUCAAGACGGAUUUUGUUGUGGUAAGCACACAGUAACACCGAAUGUGUAGUAACAAAUUGGGUCCUGAUGAUUCUUUCUCCUCACACUGCACAGCUAUCCUCUGAGAAAUACGAAGAGGGGGAAAGAGCCCUCAUGGAGGCAAGGAAGGUGGAGUCGGAGCAUCAGGCCAGGUUACGCCUUGUGCAGCAUCAGAUGGAGCGACUCAGGGAGCAGGAGGAACUGCUGCACCAGGUGAUUUCUCUGAAGCUUUUAAACUAUUUUGUUGCCUGUGUGCCAACACCUUUGUCAGUCUCGGCAUUAUUAUUAGUAAUACAGUGGUACCUCGGGUUACAUACGCUUCAGGUUACAUACGCUUCAGGUUACAGACACCGCUAACCCAGAAAUAGUGCUUCAGGUUAAGAACUUUGCUUCAGGAUGAGAACUGAAAUCGUGCUCCGGCGGCGAGGCGGCAGCGGGAGACCCCAUUAGCUAAAGUGGUACCUCAGGUUAAGAACAGUUUCAGGUUAAGAACAGACCUCCGGAACGAAUUAAGUACGUAACCAGAGGUACCACUGUAUUAGUUUAGGACAGCUGUCCUAAACAAAAGAUAGAAAUACCACUUUUUAAAAAAAUAAUCCCACCCUGCCUGUACAGUGGGGAUUCCUCUCCACAUACACCCCUCAGGUCUGUUCUGGGGCAGCUUUCAGGUGGCUGCCCAGAGAGAGGAAGUUCUGCAGAACGUGGUUCAAGAGACAAUGACACACAGGAGGCUUUUUUUGUGGUAGCUCCUCUGUUCUAGAAUGUUCUCCCCUCUCUCCUGUGAGGUGCAUCUGCUGCUCAUGCUGUGUAGUUUUGUAGGCAGCUCAAGGACACCUUACAUUGCUCAGCCUUUGAAGGGUUGAUGUGAAAUGAUCCACUCCCUCCAUUAUUUCAUACUGAUUUGCUGCUGCUUUUAUCACGUUUUGUUUUUGCUUGUAACUUUACACAAUGUAACCCACCUUUGGGUGAAGGGGCAAUAAUAAAUCCCAUUCAAUCAAAUGAAUAAACUUAGGAGGCACAUUGCAAGUUAAAAAAACUCAUUCUGUGCACAGGACACCUGGUCAACGUGGGUUUGUUGCCCUGUACCACAGAGCCUCCCACCAGAACGUUUCUAAUUCUCUUUUUCAUUCUCACACCGGACUCUGUCAGGAGCACCUCAGCCUGUCUCAGCAGAGGAGGCAGCUUGAACAACUGCGGGUGGGACUUCCAAGCAAUCCAUUGGUGUUCCAGACCACAUCCCAGAUGCCGUUGUCAGGAGCUCAGGCCAAUGCAAUCUCCAGGACACACUGUAAGUAGCUACGCAGCCGCUACCAAUCCCUUCAGGAGUGUUUUUGGCAGGAAUCCUAAGGAUAAACCUUGGAGAUGUUUGGGACAUGAUCUGUGAGGGCCUUUGUGUGGAGGCUCGUUACUCUAGCUAAGUUUAUUUCCUUCGCAGAUUUCUCUCUUCCUCUUACUGACCUACCUAAAGCCAACCCCGGAACCUCUCAGGGCCAAUCCAGUUCAGGACCAGCAGAUCUCUAUGCUAAACUGGUGCUGCAUAAGAUUUCAGCUGAUCGGGUAAAAAUUAAUUCUCUAGCAUUUGAUCUUCUGUAGACUGGGAACAUUAUCUCUGCCCCGGGCUUGUUGUUUCUGUCCUGAUGCUGUUUAUACAACUUUCAUAUUACAUAUUUAUACAUAGCUCAGUUUCAGUUCUAACCAUUGCAUGCUUAUUUAAAGAAGAGCUCUGUCUAGCUCACAAGACAGAUGGAUUUAUUAUUAUUAUUUAAUGAUAUUUAUAUACCACUUGGUUGUAAUAAAACCUCUAAGUGGUUUACUCACUAAAGUAAGUUGGUGAAUGGGAAGGUAGCAUAAUGAGUCUGUGACACCCACAGAUCCUGUUAGUUUGACUUUUCUUUUUUUUAAACAGGAUCAUGAUUUCUUAGAGGAAGAACAGUUCUUCUUAGAAACCUUGAAGAAAACCUCCUACAACGCUCCAUCCCAGUCAGCAUAAGAAUGGAAGAGUCCUGAAGGAAUCCCUUCCUGGAUUGAUGGUUUCUCCUAAUAAAGAUGGAUCUUUAUCAUUUUGAUAUAUAUUUUUUUAAUGCUUCCAGAUGGCGGUGGUAAAUGUAAACGCCAAACCUCACUUUAACAGAUACUAAAUUUGUAAAAUAAAACUUUUUACAGUUUCCUGUAACUCCCUGCUUUUGUGAAAAACAUAGGAGUUUUUUGGGUUGAAGCUUUUUGUUUUUAGGUGCCAUUGCAGCUUGAUCCAUUUGGGUAGCAAGGUGCUCCUGGCCAUACCCUGUCUCUCCACCCUAUUGCCCAGUACGUUUCCAAGCACAAUUCAAAGUGUUGGUGCUGACCUUUAAAGCCCUAAACGGCCUCAGUCCUGUAUACCUGAAGGAGCGUCUCCACUCCCAUCGUUCAGUCCAAACAUUGAGGUCCAGCGCCGAGGGCCUUCUGGCGGUUCCCUCACUGCGAGAAGCCAAGUUACAGGGAACCAGGCAGAGGGCUUCUCGGUAGUGGCACCUGCCCUGUGGAACGCCCUCCCACCAGAUGUCAAAGGGAACAACAACUACCAGACUUUUAGAAGACAUCUGAAGGCAGCCCUGUUUAGGGAAGCUUUUAAUGUUUGAUGCGUUACUG